AUGGAAAUUUUGAGUCAAGUGUCUAACACGCAGUUUAUGUUCACCGCUGCGGCUGUGGCUGUUGUUUUAGUAUGCGCAGCUCUCGUAUUCGUCUUCGGGUUCCGCUCAGCAGAACAGCCGCAGUUUGAUAAACUGCCUCUGGUAUUGGACGACAGAAAAUCGUCCAACAAGAAGAACAAAAAGAAGGACAAGAAGUCUUCACCCAACCGCGUAGUGACUGAUGAUGUGAAGACAAAGUCUGAAAGCUCCAAAAAGUCUCCAAGCAAGGAGAAGAAGGAGGAAAAAGUGAAAGAAGCAGAGAAGCCCAAGCCCAAGGAAAGACCCGCUGAGCCCAAACCUGUGAAGAAAGAGACAGGAGCCGGUGAUGCCAAGAAGAGUAAGAAAAACAAGAUUGUAGUUGAGGUUGAGAAGCCUGCUGAUUUUGAUGAUGGAGGCUGGCAAGAAGUGCCAAAGAAAAGUGACAAAAAGAAGGAACGCAAGCCAGUUGAGGAGAAGGACAAGAAGAAGGAGAGUCCUGCUAAGAAGAAUAAAAAGGUGAAAGAUGCUGAUGUUGAGGCUGCCAGACCGGUGGAGGAGCCCGCUGAGGAAACUAUUAAGGUCAUCAGUGCUGAAGGCCCACAUGUGGAUGAGGAUGCAGCCCGUGCACUGCAAGCUCAAGUGGAAGAGCUCCAGCGUGUACUGAAAGAGGCAGAGCGUCGUGAGCAGGCUGCCCUUGGUGGUGUGGAGGAUGAGGAGUCCCCUGAAGUAGAGGAGCUGACUGAUGUUAAAGAUCUCCGUAGCAACAAGAAAAAGGAAAACAAAGAAAAACAAAUUAGGAAGAAAUCUGUAGAGAUUUCAGCAGCCAAGAGUGUCCCGAAACAAGAGUCUGUGGAGAAGGACACCUCCGACUCUGAGAAACAAGACAGCCAAAAUGCUUUGGCCUUUGAUGAGUUAGGCGACACUUGGACAGACGCGAAAGUGUCCAAAAAGAGCAAAAAGAAGGCUCGCAAAGACCAGUGA